AUGCUCAAUCCAUUCCGUUUGCUAGCACUAACCUUCUUCGCUGACCCUUCUUUUGAUCAACAAGUCAAGGAUGGUUCUGUGACCUCACUCCCGUCAAUUGGAAAUAUACCCGGGAUUUUUGGUCAACCCCAACUCCCUGCCAAUUUCAUCUCUGAAGGGCUAUCUAAUCCAGGUACUUGGCCCUCGCUUCCGAGCUUUAAUAUCCCACCUUCUAUUUUCUCUUGGGUUGGUGACAACCACCAGUACCCACAGACUCCUGCCAAGGACCCAUUUUACGACCCCCCACGCUCGACAUACGAAAACCUCAAUAAUGGUGACGUUAUAGCGAUUCGCCCAGUGGGUUUGGAUGCUGUAUUCCCUGAGCUAUCAAGAGCUUAUCAGAUUUCCUACCGUUCAGAAUCGGCUACUGGCAAUGCGACUGUAGACGUGACGACGGUUAUGAUUCCCAAGAACUACGAUGGGAAGCACGUUGUCUCUUGGCAAGACUGGGAAGACUCAAACAACUUGAAAUGUGCUCCAUCAUACCUGUUUGAAGCUGGACUCCGUGACCCGACCGUAGAUCUCAUGCUACUACAGGGCUGGGCUUUGAAUGUGCCUGAUCAUGAAGGUUUGAGCUCUGCUUUCGCCGUUGGAUAUAAAUCUGGUAAGGCUACUCUCGAUUCAAUUCGUGCUUUGAAGAACGCUGCUUCUCAAAUCAACUUGAGCUACGAAGACGUUGGUCUGUACGGUUACUCAGGCGGUUCCAUUGCCACUGGCUUCGCUAUCGAACUCCAGCCUACCUACGCCCCCGAUGUUCAAAUCAAAGCCGCAUCCAUGGGUGGUGUUGUUGCAAGUCUGAAUACUACCUUUUACACUAUCAACAAGGGUAUAUUUGCUGGAUUCGCGUUUGGUGGUCUCUAUGGUCUCGCUACUGGGUACGGCGUCUAUGACAUUCUUGAAGAGAACCUUAAAGCUGAUUCGAGGGCCCGCGCAAACGAGGUUCUUGACCACUGCUUCACCUGGGAUCUUUUGAACUAUAUUGGCGAGAACGUUUUCGAUUACACUACCUUGGGCGCUCAGGCUGUUAACGUUCCUGCUAUCCAAUAUGCUCUUGAAAGAGAGCAUAUGGGAUUCGCGGUCCCUAAGGUUCCUAUUUUCAUCCAUCAAGGUGCAAGCGACGAAAUCGCUCCUGUUGGAAAAGUCGACGAUCUCGUGGACUUUUACUGCCAAAAUGGAGUCCAUGUUAUCUAUGAGCGUGACAACGGAGUUGGUCAUAUCCUAGAAAUGGUUGUGGGUGUUGCGAACGUUAUUCAGUACUUCCAAAAGGUAUUCAAUGACGACUAUGUUCCUCCCAGUUGCUCCAAUUAUCAGCAAGCUAUUAGCAACGAUCAUUUGGACCAAGCCUCUCCUGACAACAAACAGGCACUUGAUCGUGCCAUUCUUGGUGACUACUCCGGCUAUGGUCUGCAGAACGUUGCAGCUUUCUAA